AGCAUGGUGCGGCGGCCGCGCGCGCAGACAUGGGGGAGAAGCUGGAGCUGAGGCUCAAGUCGCCCGUGGGGGCUGAGCCCGCCGUCUACCCGUGGCCGCUGCCGGUCUACAUGGAAACCGAGGCCUGCAGCGGUUCAGGGAUUCAGAGCCAGGCCUGUGGCUUCCAGGCUGCAGGAGCGCCCGGGGGAAGUCCUGGGGAAGGAGGGUCGGGGGCUUAGACUCCGUCCCGGUCCCUUCCCCGCAGCCCACUGGGCGGCAGGGCGCUGCAGGAACAGGCGCUCCCGAAGCCAGCGUGUCCCACGUGACAGGACAUGGCCCCAGCGCUGUGGGUAGGGCUCUCUGGACAAACACCACGAUGCUGCUCAUGAAAUCAUCGAGACCAUCCGGUGGGUCUGUGAAGAAAUCCCAGAUCUCAAGCUCGCUAUGGAGAAUUAUGUUUUAAUCGACUACGACACCAAAAGCUUCGAAAGCAUGCAGAGGCUCUGUGACAAGUACAACCGGGCCAUCGACAGCAUCCACCAGCUGUGGAAGGGCACCACGCAGCCCAUGAAGCUGAACACGCGGCCGUCCACGGGGCUCCUGCGCCACAUCCUGCAGCAGGUCUACAACCACUCGGUGACCGACCCCGAGAAACUCAACAACUAUGAGCCCUUCUCCCCGGAGGUGUACGGGGAGACUUCCUUCGACCUGGUCGCCCAGAUGAUCGACGAGAUCAAGAUGACCGAAGACGACCUGUUUGUGGACCUGGGUAGCGGAGUGGGCCAGGUUGUGCUGCAGGUCGCUGCGGCUACCAACUGCAAACAUCACUAUGGUGUCGAGAAAGCUGACAUCCCGGCCAAGUACGCGGAGACCAUGGACCGAGAGUUCAGGAAGUGGAUGAAAUGGUAUGGAAAAAAGCAUGCAGAAUACACACUGGAGAGAGGAGAUUUCCUCUCGGAGGAGUGGAGAGAGCGGAUCGCCAACACGAGUGUUAUAUUUGUGAAUAACUUUGCCUUUGGUCCUGAGGUGGAUCACCAGCUGAAGGAGCGGUUCGCAAACAUGAAGGAAGGUGGCAGAAUCGUGUCCUCGAAGCCCUUUGCACCUCUGAACUUCAGAAUAAACAGUAGAAACUUGAGUGACAUCGGCACCAUCAUGCGCGUCGUGGAGCUGUCGCCUCUAAAAGGCUCGGUGUCGUGGACGGGGAAGCCGGUGUCUUACUACCUGCACACCAUCGACCGCACCAUACUUGAAAACUAUUUUUCUAGUCUGAAAAAUCCAAAACUCAGGGAGGAACAAGAGGCAGCUCGGCGCCGGCAGCAGCGGGAGAACAAGAGCAACACGACCACCCCCACCAAGGUGCCCGAGAGCAAGACGGCCAUGCCCGCCGACACCCCCAUGGACUCUGGUGCUGAGGAAGAGAAAGCCGGGGCGACCACUGUCAAGAAGCCAUCUCCCUCCAAGGCCCGGAAGAAGAAGCUGAACAAGAAGGGCCGGAAGAUGGCCGGCCGGAAGCGCGGACGUCCCAAGAAGAUGAGCACCGCCAACCCCGAGCGCAAGCCCAAGAAGACCCAGAGCGCACUGGACCUGCUGCACGCCCAGACUGUGUCGCGGGCGGCGUCACCCUCGCCGCAGGGCGCCCCCUACCAGCUACCUCCCAGCACGCAGCGACGCCCCCCUGAGCAGCUGCUGCUGGCGCCCGCCCCGCCUGCCCUACACCGGCUGCUAGAAUCCUUCAAGAUUCAGUACCUGCAGUUCCUGGCGUACACAAAGACCCCUCAGUACAAGGCCAACCUGCAGCAGCUGCUGGACCAGGAGAAGGAGAAGAACGCCCGGUUGCUGGGCGCCGUGCAGCAGCUGUUCGGCCACUGCCAAGCUCAGAAGGAGGAGAUCAAGAGGCUUUUCCAGCAGAAACUGGAUGAGCUGGGAGUGAAGGCGCUGACCUACAACGACCUGAUCCAAGCGCAGAAGGAGAUCUCAGCUCACAACCAGCAGCUGAGGGAGCAGACGGAGCAGCUGGAGAAGGGCAACCGGGAGCUGAGGAGCCAGAGCCUGCGGCUGCUCAAGGCACGGUGCGAGGAGCUGAAGCUGGACUGGUCCACGCUGUCCCUUGAGGGCCUGCUGAAGGAGAAGCAGGCCCUGAAGAGCCAGAUCUCGGAGAAGCAGAGGCACUGCCUGGAGCUGCAGAUCAGCAUUGUGGAGCUGGAGAAGAGCCAGCGGCAGCAGGAGCUCCUGCAGCUGAAGUCCUGCGUGCCGCCCGACGACGCCCUGUCCCUGCACCUGCGCGGGAAGGGUGGCCUGGGCCGAGAGCCGGAGGCCGAGCCCGGCCGGCCACACCUGGAGCUGGACUGUGCCAGGUUCUCCCUGCCCCACUUGAGCAACAUGAGCCCGGAGCUGUCCAUGAACGGCCACGCGGCCGGCUAUGAGCUCUGCGGCGCGCUGAGCCGGCCCUCGCCCAAGCAGAACACCCCCCAGUACCUGGCCUCCCCCCUGGACCAGGAGGUCGUGCCCUGCACCCCGAACCACAGUGGCCGGCCGAGGCUCGAGAAGUUGUCCGGCCUGGCCCUGCCCGACUACACCAGGCUCUCCCCGGCCAAGCUGGUGCUGCGGCGCCACCUGAGCCAGGACCACACAGCCAACAGCAGGGCGACCGCCAGCGAGCUGCACUCACGAGCUGAGCAUGCCAAGGAGAACGGCCUCCCGUACCAGAGCCCCGGCAUCGCCAACGGCAUCAAACUGAGCCCACAGGACCCUCGGCCCUCGUCCCCUGCGGCCUUGCAGAUGACGGGAGAGAAGGGCAGUGAGAAGCGGGAGCAGGCUGGCCCGGUGGUGUGUCUGCAGGGUUUGAAGGAGCGCACCUACGCCAGCAGUGGGGAGGCCAUCACCAGCCUGCCCGUCAGCAUCCCGCUCAGCACCGUGCAGCCUAGCAAGCUGCCAGUCAGCAUCCCUCUGGCCAGCGUGGUGCUGCCCAGCCGCGCCGAGAAGGUGAGAAGCACCCCCAGCCCCGUGCCGCAGGCCCGAGAGUCCUCGUCCACACUGGAGAAGCAGAUGGGUGCUGGCACCCACGGCUCCGGGUGCAACGCUGCUGGGAGCAGAAGCCUCGCCCUGGCCCCCGCAGGCUUUGCCUACGCCGGCUCAGUGGCCAUCAGUGGGGCCCUGGCAGGCAGCCCGGCACCACUCGUCUCUGGAGCCGAGCCCCCCGCCCUGGACGAGUCCUCCAGCUCCGGAAGCCUCUUUGCCACUGUGGGGUCCCGCAGCUCCACCCCUCAGCACCCCCCCCUGCUGGCGCAGCCCCGCAACUGCGGCUCGGCCUCGCCCGCCCCCCAGCUCUGCGCCAGUCCCCGGCUCGGCGCCCAGGGCCCGCUCCCCGACACCAGCAAAGGAGACCUGCCCUCUGAGGCCGGCUUCUCGGAUCCCGAGAGUGAAGCCAAGAGAAGGAUCGUCUUCACCAUCUCGGCCGGCUCUAGCAGCGCCAAGCAGUCACCUUCCAGCAAGCACAGCCCUCUGUCCUCGGGCGCCCGCGGUGACGGCGGCCAGAGCCACGGGCAGGACAGCCGCAAGAGGGGCAGGAGGAAGCGGGCAGCGGCAGGGACCCCCGGCUUCAGCUCGGGCGUGUCCCCCAAGCGCCGGGCCCUGCCGUCCGUCGCCGGCCUCUUCACCCAGUCUUCAGGGUCCCCCCUGAACCUCAACUCCAUGGUCAGCAACAUCAACCAGCCCUUGGAAAUCACGGCCAUCUCGUCCCCCGAGAGCUCCCUGAAGAGCUCGCCUGUCCCUUACCAGGACAACGACCAGCCGCCCGUGCUCAAGAAGGAGAAGCCCCUGAGCCAGACCAACGGGGCCCACUAUUCCCCGCUGACCUCGGAUGAGGAGCAGGGCUCUGAGGACGAGCCCAGCAGUGCCAGAAUUGAGAGAAAAAUUGCAACCAUCUCCUUAGAAAGCAAAUCUCCUCCGAAAACCUUGGAAAAUGGGGGCGGCCUGGCGGGAAGGAAGGUGCCAGCCAGCGAGCCGGUCAACAGCAGCAAGUGGAAGUCCACCUUCUCGCCCAUCUCCGACCUCGGCCUGGCCAAGGCAGCCGACAGCCCGCUGCAGGCCACCUCCGCUCUGAGCCACAACUCCCUGUUCGCUUUCCGGCCCGGCCUGGAGGAACCUGGCGCGGGUGAUGCCAAGCUGGCUGCCCACCCCAGGAAGAGCUUCCCAGGCGCGCUGCCGGGGGCGGGCGGGCUGAGCCCCAGCAGCCAUCCCGCCAGCAGCUUCGCCCUGGGCGGGGGCCUGGCGGCCGACCUCAGUUUACACAGCUUCAGCGAUGGUGCUUCUCUCUCCCACAAGGCCCCCGAGGCGGCCGGCCUGGGCACCCCCCUGAGCUUUCCCGGCCCGCGGGGCAAGGAGGGCGGCGCCGCAGACCCCGGCCCCUUCGUGAACAAGAGACAGCUGGACGGACUGGCCCCGAAGGGCGAGGGGGGCCCACCUGUGUGUGGGCCCGCGGACAAGGCCUCAGCGACGCACGGCAAGGCGGGCAAGGGCCGUGACCGCGAGCCCGACGUCAAGAACGGCCACAACCUCUUCAUGGCCGCUGCUGCUGCUGCCGCCGCCGCCGCUGCCACCCCCCCCGGGGGCCUCCUCAGCGGCCCGGGCCUUGCCCCGGCGGCGUCCUCGGCAGGGGGCACGGCCCCGUCCGCCCAGACCCACCGCCCCUUCCUGGGCGCCUUCGCCCCUGGCCCGCAGUUCGCACUGGGCCCCAUGUCCCUGCAGGCCAACCUGGGUCCGUCUGUGCUGCAGUCCCUGUUCAGCUCCGUGCCCGCCGCCGGCCUGGUGCACGUCUCAACCGCCGCCACCAGACUGACCAACUCGCACGCCAUGGGCAGCUUCUCCUCCGGGGUGGCCGGCGGUGCAGUCGGAGGUGCCUUUAACCACGCGGUGCCUCCCGCCUCCGCUCAUCCGUUUGGAGCCAGUUUCGGCAGUGGGGCUGCAUGUCGCAGCGCCACGCUGAGCCUAACCCCGCUGCAGGCGGUGGCCAGCACCCCGGCUUCUUCCUUUCAGGCCCCGCCCCCUGCGGAGCCGAGGCCGCCCCCGCCCCCUCCGCACCUGGGCCGGCCCCCUCCGGGGCCGCCCGCCCUCCACGCCCCGCCCCCUCCUAACGCCGCCUUGCCUCCGCCCCCCGCGCUGCUCCCGGCUAACUCUGAGCCCGUGCUCCUGCAGAACCUCGCGUCCCUCCCAGCUAACCAAGCUUUCUUACCUGCCUCCUCUGCUGCCUCUGUGCCGCCUGCUAACGCCUCUCUGUCCAUCAAGCUCGCCUCACUUCCGCACAAGGUGUCCCGCCCCUCCUUCACGGUGCACCACCCGCCCCUGCCCGGGCUGGCCCUGGCCCAGGCCGCGCCCGUGAUCCCGCAGGCCAGCUCCACGGGGCCGCCCGCCGUGUGGGUUUCCCUUGGCAUGCCACCUCCGUAUGCCGCGCGCCUUGCGGGGGUUAAGCCGCGAUAAAGACCUUGCUUAGCUAGCAGUUCGUAUUCUGUAAGGUAAGGCUAGAGCUCGACCAGGCGGCCCAUACGAGAACCUGAACUGACCUUCCUUUGCAGAAAACAGGCGGGCCCGCGGGGCUCCGUGGAGGGGCCCGGGGGCCAAGGUUGCUCUCCUGCGGCCGGGAGGUGCGAAGGCGAAGAGCCAGGGAGGCAAGGGAACCCGGGCGGCGAGAGCAGAGAGAGGGAGGGUGUGGCUGGCCCCGCCCCCUCCGCCGCUGCCGGUGGACCCUCCCCCCAGGUCGCCCAGGGAGGGGGCCAGGAGGAGUCAGUCAGUCAGGGUUGGCGUCCUGGCCGGGUGGAGCCUAGCUCGAGCUUGCCGCCGCCCUAGGCUUGGCGUCUGCAGCAGCCUGGGACCUGGGCAGCCCCGGCGUGGGGUCAUGGGGGCAGCUCAGGAUCCCAGCUUUGCCUUUGUGUGCGCUCUUGGGCCCCUCAGCCCGUUUCCAUAAACGCGCCUUAUGAGGGUUUGGGGAGAGCUCAACGCGUUUAAGGCACCUGGUACACGGCAGGCCUUUUGGACGUGGGGGUCGCGUUUGUUGGGCUCCUUAGCUAGAGGGCCUGCCUGCAGGGGCCGAUGGGCAGCAGGGUGAGUGUGGCGCCAGCCCCACAGGCAGGAACGCCGGGCCGGUGGCGGGGCUCUGUAGUUGUGGCCGAGGCCCGGCUCCUCCGGCCUCCGAGGCGCACGGGCUGCCUUUCAGACCGUCCGUGUGGGGGUCAGCGGAGACAAGCGUAGGAAGGGCCCGCUUUCGGGAGCUGGAGGGGGCAGGUGUCUGCGAGGCCUCCAGGGAGGGUCCUGGGCCCCGGUGCAGCUGGCCUGGCCACUGCUGGUGCCAUGUCCACAUCCCCUUGGGGCCAGGAAUGGAGCGGGGGUCCUGCCUGCCUGCUGUCCUUGGCUGUCUGUUGUGUUUUUAAGUGGAAACAGAUGGGAGGCCGCUGGAGUCUGACGGCCUCCUGGUCAGGGUGCAGGUCAGUGGACAGCCCUACCCGAGGCCUGGGGAUGGGCUGUGCCUCGGUUGUUGGAAAAGCCCAGAAGGUAGGGCGGCUCAGCCUGCAGUGGCCUCGCGCCGUCAGAGGAGCUUGGAGAGGGCAGACGUGCACUGGGAGGUCGGGGACCAGGCCCACAGUGGACGCUGCCUGCCUGCCGUCCUGGCCGCGCCGGCCUCACUCCUGGGGCAUGCAGGCUUGUCCUGGAGCGCUGCCCGGCGUGGGGACCGGGGAGGGUCUCCUGGGGAGGAGGGGAGGCCAGGACCCAGCCAGCGCCCCACACGCACUGGAAGGGCCUGGGGACAGGACCUCCUGCCUCUGACAGGGCCCAGAGGCGUGGCUCAGGGUGCUGCCACCACCUCGUCUGCCGUCUGUCGUCCGUCCGUCCGUCCGUAGGUGGCUCUGGCGCCCUGGCCUGGGGGUGCGACGGGCUCGUCUGGGCGCGAGGCUAACGCUAUGCUGCCUUUCCUCCCGCGCCGUGUCCGCAGGUAACUAGGAUUUCUACCUCAACCGCGAGACUAUGCAAGGAUGGGGCGGGCUGGCGGCGCGGGGCCCCCCGCAGGACGGCGAGGACGGAUGGAGGCCAGAGGACAGGCUCUACUGUGAAUCAGCGCCGCGCACAGCUGCGGAGACGGCGCGCUGGGGCCUGGCUCCAGCCUGUACUGUCGAUAGUCUUAGAUAAAGUAUUUAUCGUUUUUUAAAAAGUAUAAACAA